AUGGCGUUGGAAGACCACAAGGGAGGCCGCGCAUCCGAGCGCGACUCCUCGUCGACUGAUAUGGGUCAGUCUCGACCGAUGAAGCGGACUCGGUGGGCGCUGGCCGUUGAACGCGAGCCCAGCAGUUUUGCAGCGACGCCGAGUGCGUCGAAUGCUGACUUCGAUCCGAUUCCGCCCUCGAAGCGGACAUGGGCUACCGGCUCGUAUAUCGCGUACUGGAUGGCGGAUGCCUGGGCCGUGUCCAACUGGGAGGUUGCCUCGUCCAUGAUUGCGGCUGGUUUGAGUUGGAGGAUGGCGAUUGGGGCUUGUGUUUUGGGGAACACGAUCAUGGGUGUCAUCAUUACUGUGAAUGGAAGAAUCGGGGCCACUCUUCAUGUCCCGUUUCCCGUCGUUUCUCGCAUGCCGUUUGGCUACUACUUUAGCUACUUUGUCGUCGUGUCUCGCUGUGCGCUAGCUAUCAUCUGGCUCGGUGUUCAAACCGUAACGGGCGGUCAAUGCAUGGCCGUCCUGCUCGCUGCCAUUUGGCCCAGUUUUGCACGAAUCCCCAACCAUGUUCCUGAAAGCCAAGGUCUUUCGACAUCGGGCUUCGUGGCCUUCCUCCUCUACUUUUUGCUUCAGAUACCCUUUCUAUGUAUUCCCUACACCAAGAUCCAGUACUUCUUCGGCUUCAAGUCCAUCAUCGCCCCCAUCAUCUUCCUCGCCAUCUUUGGAGACACCCUGCGCCGGGCCGGAGGCACCAUUGGCAACAGCACCGUCAUCACAGAGGGCGUCACCCGCCACGGCUCAGCCCUCUCCUGGGCCUUCUUCGCAAACCUCAACUCCGUCCUGGGCAACUACGCCACCCUCGGCCUCAACAUUGCCGACUUCUCACGCUACGCCAGCAAGCCGAGCGCACAAAACGUCCAAGCCAUUGUCAUUCCCUGCAUCUUCACCGUCGUCGGCCUCCUCGGCAUCUUCACCGCCGCCGCCGCCCAGUCCGCCUACGGCCACAUCAUCUGGAACCCGAUUGAAAUCCUCGACCUCUGGCAAGCCACCGGCUCCUCUGGCGGCCGCGCCGCCGCCGCCUUUGGCGCAAUCGGCCUCAUCAUCGUCACCCUGGGCAUCAACAUCUCGGCAAACUCCAUCAGCGCCGCAAACGACCUCAUGGCCUUUUGCCCAAAAUACAUCAACAUCCGGCGCGGCCAGCUGCUCGCCGCCCUCAUCGGCGCCUGGGCCUGCGUGCCCUGGAAGAUUCUCGCCUCGGCGCAGAAAUUCCUCGCUUUUCUUGGUGGAUAUACCAUCUUCCUUGGACCCAUGACCGCCAUCCUCAUGACUGAUUACUACAUUUCCCGUCGCGGCAAUGUGUCGGUGCCGGAUAUGUACGAUUUCAACGGCAUGUAUAGGUAUUCGGCUCGGUAUGCGACGAAUUGGCGUUCUGUCGUCGCUCUUGUUUUGGGGUUUUUACCCCCGCUUCCUGGUUUUAUUAAUAGUGUCUCCCUGGAUACUAUCAGUCUCGACAGCGGCGCUAAGAAUCUCUUCGCAAUCGGCUACAUCUACUCCUUCCUCGCCGCCGGCCUCUUCUACUGGGCCCUCAUGAAAUUCUUCCCCCAUCUGCCCAGCAAACUCGACCACCCGGUUACAGGCGAGGAUGUGAUUGUCGCGGCUGACGAGAAGGCGAUUGCGGCGGGUGAACGUAGGGUUCAGCGGAGUAUGUGGGAGUUUUUGAGGGGGACGAGGGCGCGGGGGGGUGGCGGGGUUUGA